GUCAAGAGAAAGUGGAGAUCGCGUGUGAGGAACAACUUGGAGUCAGAGAGCCCGGGCUGCCAACAUGUCCCGCAGAAAGCAGUCUAACCCCAAGCCGCUAAAGCGUCCAUCAGACGAAGAGAGCGAAGACGGGGAAGGAGGGGAGAUAACCACAUCUGACAUUAAGCCGAAGAUAGAGUUACCUCCCGAUAUCCUGGAGUUGCAGCCGUGUAAUGAGGAAGGACGGGAAAUGACAGUGUGCGGGGCGAUACGCCUGCCCAGGGGAGGCAGUCUAGGUCCGUUCAUAGGGGAACCUGUUGAGCCAUCGGACCUAAACAAGGAAGACAAACAGACUAUUAUUGAGUUUACCGAUCAUCACGGCCAACCAGUGUUCCUAAAGAUGGGUGAUAACGGACGCUGGCUGUCACUAAUAAAGAAAAAAGACAAGCACACAGCUAACUGCUUAGUGUAUUACGACGGUGAUAAGGUUUGGUGCGAGAUCAAGCGUGACGUCCUCAUACAUUCCGAGCUGACUGCUGUGUUCACCGUGGAUAACCCGGAAGUCAACUCGCCCCGGCCGGACUCACCGCUCUGCGUGGACGACACGGAUAUGCCGGACAUUAGGGUGGGAGUGAGCACAGACUCCGUGAGCCCACUCAGCUCACCACGGAAAUCUCCGCCUGUUCCACGGCCAGAACAAACCUCACCUGUACAUCCACUGAUCUAUCCCUGUCCAUUCUGCGCUGUCAGAUUUAGCAGCCCUCGCACCCUAGAUGCGCAUGUCCAGUUUUACUGCUCUAAGAAACCCCCGGAUUUAGUGAUGACGACAGACUGUCAUCUUCCAUCGUCUCACUUCAGCCCAACGGGUUUCCGAGAAGGGAGUCGCCCUGGCAAAGUCUCGGCUCGGUCGUCAGCGCAGGAGAAGUGCGGUGCGUCAGAAGAUGAGCGCUCAAUGGACUCGGGGCGUUCCGUAGGCUCCAGCCCGGUGUCUUCAGAGCGGGAGUUGGCCGACAGGCAAAAUAACAAAGAUUUACUUAAGUGUCAGAGUUGUCCCUACUCCUGCUGGUCUAUUUCUAGUCUCACUCGGCACAAGAACAAAAUCCACGGCGUUCAGUCCCAAAAGAAGAACGAAGAACAGUUUCCUACAGUGUCCCCUAGUGACAUGUUUUGUUACGAUUGUAAUAUACAGUUUUCUUCCAUGUCGACGUACAGGGGCCACAAAGACUACUAUUGCCCUAAACGCUUGACAGAAUCAGAACCUAGCUCUUCCUUAUCUCCCAAUCAAAGAUCUGCUAAUAUGAAACACAGCCCUCAGCACUCGCCAGAGAGUGUCAUGUUGGCGUCACCAACGUUCAGAACUAAGGCAAUGUCAUCGAAGGACAACCAGAUGUACUCUGGCAUUGUGGUCCCGACGCAGUUUUUGUCUCCUUCUAUUCCAAUUUCCAUGGGCAAUCAACCGACGGUACUACUGGCUGCCCCCAUCCUGGCUUCGGGAGGACUGGCGAACAUAGCGAUGCCGGCAAUCAUCAUGCAGCCAGUGGUGAGCAACAGAGAGACAAGUCCUGGUACAAACCAAAAAACGGUUUCAAGUUCUGAGAAAAGUCCGCUAAGGGAAAUGUCCCCAGAGAUGAAGCAAGAAGAGACGAAAGAACAAGCGGAUUUGCCCCUUGACCUUAGCACGAAGAAUUCGUCACGAUCGUCCGGGGACAAAGAGAAAACGGAUUCUACAAAGGGUAAGAAGACUGAGGACGCGCAUUUGGAAGAAACCGUGCGGGAUUUGUCCAUCUCGUCGCGUCGCUCCCAGGGGGAGCGCCCGUCAGCUGAGAAGUCUGUCAAUCAACUCAGAGCAGAGGGAUCGAGUCCUACAGGGGACAGGCCUGAAUCCGGGUCUUGUAAACCUGGCUGUCGUGCAGACAGCGAGAUGGCGCCAUCACCUAAGUCUGAUCUUACUGAGGGGAAGUCUUUGAUAGCGCCGAGUCAGUUCUUAGUGUAUGACCAUCUAGCGCCGUCUUACGUUCAUGGGCAGUUGAUACCGAACCCAGCGUUUCUCUACGGGCGUAUGCAGAAUGAUAUGAUACAUGGUGACUCUAGACUCAACGCGACUUCUCCGCAUGUCAGCAAAUGCCUCGACUGCAAUAUUGUGUUCUUCAAACAUGAAAACUUUCUCAUUCACAAGAAGCACUAUUGUGCAAGUCGGAAACGUAGUCCAGAGGAUCGGCGAUAUGAUGGGUACGGCUCUGUCUCCGUGCAAGACGGCGACAUUCACACAAGUGGCGCUGGUUCGCGCCUCUCUCCGAGGAAGAACGAAACAGAAUAUAGAACGGGUAUGAAAGCCAAAGUUCCGGAUAACUACGGUCCCAAAGCUGUGACUGAAUCUCGGCAAACUCCUAUCGCCCUCACCAAGAACGGCUGUACUCCACAACUUCUAUACUUCUGCAACGCGUGUUCUAUAAAGUUCAGUUCUGCCGACACUUUACAAGCCCACAAGGAAUUUUACUGCUCAGAGAUAAAAUCGAAAGUAGUUCAGGAAAAUUCAGUGCGAGUUUCCCGUGUUGAUCCACGUGACGUUACUUCCCCUCAAGAUGAGGUCGAGAAGAAACCCGGUGUGUUCUCUUGCACCGAUUGUAAUAACUCCUACCCGUCGGCCAGACUCCUUAAGUUACACUUCUGUAACACGAACACUUCCAAAACCUCGUUGUUUAGAUGUCUCUAUUGCGACUUUGUCGCGCAGACGGAAAACAAAUAUGUGGAUCACAUGAAGGCCCAUGCGCCUUCCAAGGUGUACCGCUGUGCUUUGUGUGGUUACCGGGGCAACACGAUCAGAGGAAUGCGCAUGCACGGAAAGAUGCACGUGGACCAGGGAUCAGAGUUCACGGAUGAACACAUGUUAGAGUUUGAGGAACCUCCGCAAAUACCUGCUACUCAUGUCAGUGGAACUGGUGUGGGACCCAUCGACGUGGAAGCCGAACUCAUCCGAAUGAAAAACGAACCGUAUAAAAGGCGGCGAUCCAGAAAAUCGUACGAAAAAUCCGAGUAUUCUCCCUCACCGAAAAAACAUGGCCGGCAUGUGUGUCCCAUUUGCUACGCUGUCUAUCCAGACAGUGGAACGCUGUCAGAUCAUAUGCAGAUGCACAUAUCCAGCUCAAAGUACACAUGCCGGGCGUGUGAUUUUACAACUGACCACAAAUCUGUUCUGAUCGAGCACAUGCAGAGUCAACACGACAAUUCGAGUGGUAGGCGAGAAACUCCGAGCACUGAUACGGACACUUCCACCGUGAAAACGGAAAACUCAGAGGAGGAGAAAACGUCACAGAAACAAACCAGUCCGCGUAAGUUUUCUGGCAAUUCACAGAGAGAUUCUUCCAGCGACUUCCACACGUCUUCGCCCACAUCGUCUCCUGUAUCGCCGCCAGCUCUGAAGAAGAUUAGCUCAAGUAAAUCUCCAACUGUGGAGAGUGUGGAAAACGGGUUUGGCGAACACGCCGAAAAGGAGAAUGUUCCGCUGCCAAUCAGUAGUUGUGUCAGCGCGCUUACCCGGCAGCCAGGGGAUCACUAUGACGACACGUCCAUACAACAGGACACUGACAAGCUGGGGCCAAAGUACUGUAAAUCCUGUGAUAUUAACUUCACGUUCUUGUCUUCCUUCUUGGCGCAUAAACGAUACUACUGCUCGGGGGUGUGCCCCAGAGAAAGGGACACGGACACACUGGCUAACACUUCCCUUACCAGGCAGCAACACUAAACUUACGUGAACUAUUAAGUGUGAAAUUCAUGUUGGGGUUAUCUGAUUCUGUAUGCCUGCGCCUGAUUUUAUACGUUACUGACUUUGAAAGUGAACAAGCAAGAUAAGAAAAAACAAGGGACAUUACUGUCGGCAUUGGAUGAUUGAGGGGAGAUAACUUUGCGGCACGAAUCGGAUCAAGUGAACAUUUUUCUGAGCUCAGUUUCGAAUCUCACGGAAAAUAAUAACAUUUUAUUGACUGACAACAGUGUUGUUGUAAACAGAGAUGUCUUAUGUAACCACACCAAUGAUUUAAACAAAUCCACAGUGUUAUGAGAAGUGUAGAUAUUUAUUUAGUGAAGCCGUACAGCAGCGAGGAACAGAAUUGCUUUCAACCAUGAUAUCAGAUAUACAAAAUGUUACAAAGUCGAUAUAUUGGUUGGUGUCUAACACCAAGUGUGUAAUUAUUGAAAUCUCUUAACAAAAGGAACAUGGAGUGAAAGUUUUUGUGAAGAGUUUCGUUUUUGUCUUUGAUGUUGUACACAAUGAUUCAGAUGGUGUACCUGUUCACCGGUUUCCAAGAAAUCCAUGUGCAGGGCGAGAAUUUACAUCGUCGUCAAAUAUUCUAUUCGUCUACGAGAGAAUUAGUGUAAAUUACAUGAAGUGUAUAAACAGGAAAAUACGGAAGGCCUAACUGGGGACGUUAUAUUCUGGACAGAGUAAAAGCUUUGUGCCAUUAUAUACAGGUACCUAUUCACGUGUCUUUUUGCGCAUGCGAUUCUUGCGCGACAGAAAAUAGUUUGAGAAGCGAAGACGAUAUCUAUGUGCUAAAGUCUUCCAGUUGUUUCUUUUUUGUGAUACUGUACUGAGCCAUACUGUUAAGGAAAUGAUUGACCCAGAAAAAACCCAGAUGUUUGAGGAAGCAGAUGUCAAUCAUAUAUGCAAAAAAAAAUCUUAUUUGUGAGAAUUUGGUAACUUAGAUCUGAGAUUUUGAUAGUGCUUGACCCAAGUAAUCACGGUCAGAAUUAUUCUUUGUGUGUACUAACACACGUUAUAUAUUGCAUUUCUCGAUAAAUUUGCUCUUUGGCAAAUGCUAUAAUCAAAGAAGGCGUCUAUGACCUCGACAAUAUGGCCUAUCUUAAAAUUCAAAUACUUUAAUUCAUUUAAUUCUAUUAAAAUUUUUAAAAAUCAAUAAAGAUAUUUUGAACACAGUAUUCAGUGAUGUGUGUUAUGAUGAAGACUUAUUUUGCCCUUGUCGCUUUCUUUUCCUGCAAGAAAUGGUGCAUUAUAUGACUCUAAUCACGUUCAUGCAGCGGAUUCGUCAAAAUAUGAUUUCUAAUAAAUCACUGUCAGGUCUGAUACACUUGCUCCUAACACAUACAUUUUUUUCUGGUGAAUAUCAUUUCCUUUCACAUCGGUUUUCAUAAUGUGCUAUUAUUUUUUGACGAUUGUCAGAUGUGUUAUUGUUUCAUAAUUUGUAAUGAUCCAUUCCCCAGUGCUGUCUGUAUGACCUUGACGUAAUUGUACUACAGUUAUUUUGACCUUCAAAAUAAAUCUUCAUAUA